UCCCGCAGCGGUUCCAGCUCAAGUGGCGCCCGUCUUUCGCCACCCCCUGCGCCUGGGUCUCUGUCCCCGAAGACGGUCCUCGACUUUAUCUUCAUCCUUACCCGUCUAUCCUCCUCCUCCCUGCAUCACAGCCCCCGGCACCUGAAUACCCACCACUCCCGGCGGCCCCCCUACGGUUUCCCUUUCCCGCCGCAAACCCCGCGACCUCCAGCAGCCCGCCCCCGCGGGCCCGCUCCCGCCGGGCGGCUCUCGCUGCGGCCUCCCGAGCCUUCCCGCUCUCCCGGGGAUCGCACUGCUACCACACCGCUGUGUGCCCUCGGACUUCCCGGCCGCCUCUCCCGCUCCCUCGGAGCCCCCUCCCCCGCCCUGGCCGGCCGGCAUGCAGGUGUCUAUCGCGUGUACUGAGCAGAACCUUCGCAGCCGGAGCAGUGAGGACCGUCUCUGUGGACCCCGGCCGGGGCCUGGGGGCGGUAAUGGAGGGCCAGUGGGCGGGGGGCCCGGGAACCCUCCGGGGGGUGGAGGAGCGGGCCCCAAGACGCGAGCUGCACUGGUCCCCAGACCCCCAGCACCCGCUGGGGCCCUUCGAGAGAGCACCGGCCGAGGCACUGGCAUGAAAUACAGGAAUCUGGGGAAGUCUGGACUCCGGGUGUCCUGCCUUGGCCUUGGUACCUGGGUCACGUUUGGCUCACAGAUCUCAGAUGAGACAGCAGAAGAUGUCCUCACGGUAGCCUACGAGCAUGGUGUAAACCUGUUUGACACUGCUGAAGUGUACGCGGCAGGAAAGGCUGAGAGAACCCUGGGCAACAUCCUCAAGAGCAAAGGUUGGAGGAGAUCCAGCUAUGUUAUCACCACCAAGAUUUUUUGGGGAGGACAGGCAGAAACUGAGCGAGGCUUGAGCCGCAAACACAUCAUUGAAGGCUUGCAAGGGUCUCUGGAGCGCCUCCAACUGGAAUACGUCGACAUCGUCUUUGCCAAUCGUUCAGACCCUAACAGUCCUAUGGAGGAGAUUGUGAGAGCUAUGACGUAUGUCAUCAGCCAGGGCCUGGCCCUGUACUGGGGCACAUCCAGGUGGAGCGCUGCUGAAAUCAUGGAGGCCUACUCCGUGGCCAGGCAGUUCAAUCUGAUCCCUCCUGUGUGUGAACAGACGGAGAACCACUUCUUUCAGAGGGGGAAGGUGGAAAUGCAGCUGCAUGAGCUCUACCACAAGAUUGGUGCGCACACCUUCCCCCUUCCUGUGCCACCCACGACACUGGCCCCUGCUCCACCCCAAAUCCUCUCACUCUUAGGUGUUGGCUCUGUCACUUGGUCUCCCCUGGCGUGCGGCCUCAUCACCAGCAAGUACGACGGCCGAGUUCCGGAGACUUGCAAGGCCGCCGUCGUCAAGGGGUACCAGUGGCUCAAGGAAAAAGUGCAGAGCGAGGAUGGCAAGAAGCAGCAAGCCAGAGUCAUGGACCUUCUCCCCAUCGCUCGCCAGCUGGGCUGCACUGUGGCCCAACUCGCUAUAGCCUGGUGCCUCCGGAGUGAGGGUGUGAGCUCAGUCUUGCUGGGCGUGUCCAAUGCCGAGCAGCUGCUGGAGCAUCUCGGCUCCCUGCAGGUGCUGAGUCAGCUGACGCCGCAGACAGUGAUGGAAAUCGACGCGCUCUUGGGGAACAAACCGCAUUCUAAGAAAUAGUCCGUCGGGGGGCGAGGGGACCCUAGCGGAGUGAUUGCGCCCAAGCCGACCCUGCUCCAUCGGGGAGCCCCGCCCGCCAACGAGUCCCGGCCUCGAGUAGCGAUUCGCAUGAACAAAGCCAUAUCCUUUCGCCAUGGGCUUGAGCGUGAACGUAGAUCUCCCACCCGCGCCCCGCUCCGCUGUGUCCUAGGGCUAGGCCUUCCCGCUAAUCCCGGGUUCGAGCGGCUCCUCCCAGUCCUUCGGGCUCGCUCCGCUUUUCCCUUUUGCCCAAGCUCAGAAAACAUCCGGGCGGAUAAAAGCAGCUUUGAGAGCGCCUCAGACAUGGGCCCGGAGACGUCUUCAAGGGGGCAGGAGUCUACACUGGACACGGGUCGUUCCGUAGCAGCCAGGCUGGUCCUGGCAGAACGUAAAUUAGAACCUCUGGGAAACCAAAAUCUUGCCUCCUGCCCAGAGGCGGGGACUUAACUCUAGAACUAGGCUCCCAGCUUGUGCUGGCAGGGAGGGGUUGAGGGUGGAGAAGGCCAUGUUGACAAAGGCGGCAGAAAUGGCAAGGUGGCCUUGGAAAACAGUGCUUUGGAGAGUUUAGGGAAGGCCUGUGGGCCACCGGGUUGUGAAAGGUCUGGGGACAGACCGGGGCUUGAACUGGAGUUAGUGUGCAGCAGCCAAGGACUCGAGUCUUCUUCCUGGCGAUAAACCUAAAGCAAUAACGGUGGCCUUCUGCUGUAAGACUUCCCAGGGAACUGUAAAUAAAAUCUCAGCUUGGUC